GCGCACGUCUCCGUGCGCCUUUGUGUGGUCCAUCCUUCUUCCUCUUCCUCUCUCCUCUGUUGUGUGCUCCACUAGCCCAGCUGCUAGUUUGUUAGGUUAUGAGCCCUCAUACGCCUUUUUCGAGCACGAGCUCGUCCAGUAGCAGCUCGGAACCCGAUGGGUCGAGGUACGCUCGUUUGGACGGCGCCCACCGUCAGCGCUCUACGCGUGCGCCGCGACAAGGCCAGCAAUCGCAGGCAACUUCUGGUAGUGCGACUUGUCGCUACUGCUGGUUUGCUUUCGGCGAACGCCUUCCUCAUUCUACCGACCGCUGCCGCCUUUUGGCGCGCGCAUUUUCCAACAACCCCGUGCCUAGGGAUUUCAAACUCCCUCCGGCGCUCGCAACCUUGCAGCGUGUCCGCCUGCAAGCGCCGUACCCCAAGCGGGACGGUACGCAGAAGCGCAAGGAGCGGUCCAGCAGCGGUUCCGAUCGUCCUCGUGGCAAGCGCCGGGCGCGCCGCCGCAAGGUCGAUUCCGAUACUUCCUCGGACGACUCGCGCUCUGAUCGCUCGCGCAAGGUUCGCCGCGACAAUCGUCGCGAAGGCCGCCGCGAUCGUCGCUCGCGCUCUCAGCAGCGUCGCAGCUCGUCGCGCGCGCGCGAUUCCGUCGCUGGACGCAAUGUCGGUCACUCUGACGCGCCCGGCAACGGUAACAAUAAUAUGACUCGUUCGACAGCGUUCGCUGUUUCUUCUUCCUCCUCGAGCCAGACUCGAGAGUCGCUCUCCGCGACAGCGCUUGUGGUUGCUUCUACGCCCACUACAACAGCGCAGACUGUCGAGCCUCGAUCUCCGGUCAUGUCUGAAAUGACACAAACUUUACCCACUCUGGCUUCUCAGCCCGCGACGUCCACGACGUCGGUUGCCUCGCUUGGUGCUACGUCCCACCAGCGCACGGCUCCUGUGGUUUCUGCGUCGACGGGAAACUCCACUUUCGGGGAGGCUCCUUCGUCGCAAGUGCCCGCUACUGCGGUGCCUGUCGCUGCUUCGACACCGACCUUGCCACCUGCCUCGACCUCGGUCGAGCGCGCCGAUCUAACCGCUUUGUCAAGUGUGAGCUCUGCGGACUCUGAUGUGACGCUCCACCCGUGGACGCGCUCGCCGCAUCGGAACCCUGCGCAUGUGACGCAUGAGCUUCAAAGUGGCCCUUUGCUGCCGCUCGCGCACGAGCUCCCAUCGCUCGAUUGGCUGCUGUUUUCGGUGCCAUCGCCGCUUGAUGGCCCGACGCGUUGUGAAGGCGUCGAGAUUUCUCCGCUGGUCAUCCAACGUAUCGGCAAUGAGUAUGGCCUGCUCUCGACUGCGACGUCUCGCGUGACGACGCCGCACGUCUUGUAUGACCGGAAGUGGAUCAUUGACAGUGGCGCAUCUGCGCACAGUACACCACAUGCCGACUGGUUUGUCCAGUUCUUGCCUCAUGAGUCGCUCCUCCGCGUGGGUGACAACCACGGACUUCGUGUCCGCGGUGUUGGCAUGGUCAAGUUUACGGUCGUGGUCGUCGAUAGCACUGGUGCUACGACGUCGCGAGAAGUGACGCUGCGUCAAGUACUCUACGUACCCGAGCUCAAGUUCAACUUGUUCUCGGUCGGCGCGGCCUUCCUCGACCGUCUCAAACCCGAUUUUGGAUCGGAGGUGCUCAGCCACCUCAUUCUCUUGGACAGCCCCACGGGCCAAGCCAUCGAGGCGCCGCGCUCGAGCUCGACGCGUCUUUAUGCGUUCCCAUGCUCGCCGUGCCCUGGGCUCGUCUCGGCCAUUGUCGACGAUACUACCACGUCGACGCCGUACCACGGCCAUCGUGCUAUCCUUGCGGUUGCCCAGAGCAUCCAGCAUGGUCUUGCUGCUUCUACGACGCAGCGCUUCUCCGACGAGCUCCAUGGCUUUCGCAAUGGACACGCUCUCUGGAAUGGUCCUGAAGCAUCUACUGUUCCUUUCCUUGCGGACAUGUUCUCAGGGUGAUCACGACACCCCGGCGGCGCCCAGUAGCGUCCAAGACUACAUUAGUCUGGCUGCGGUCAACGACCCCAGUGCCGAAAUAAAUCAUAGUGCUCUUGCCACA